CUCUGCAGGGUGCAAUCGCUUUCAGGAGGAAAAAGAGAGAGCGUGCUUACUGAGAAGGGGGAGGGUUCUUGCAGUCUGAUAACACACUCAACCACAGAUGGUCGAGGGAGGUAUCGAGGGACUGAGGGAGGAAAGUGAGUCAAAAGACGGGUAGGGAGGAGUGGCGUGAGAAAGAGAGGAGCUCCAGUAGAGGGGAAUCAGCCUCUAGUAGUUUUGCCAAAGCAACAGACGGAGAAGGAUACCGUCUAAUCGAUGCUGCCGGGAAAUCUACUCCUCUGCUUGGACUCCGCUCCAGGCACAGAUGGAUACUUCCUCAAGCACAGGAGCUGAGCUGCAGCAGCACAGAGCUAGUCUGAGCCAGGAUGUGGUUUUGCACGCAUGCCGUUUUUAGUUGGUGGGUAUAACAGGUGCUCUCAGGUGAACAGAGUUAACUUGAAACCCUCCUGUAAACUGACUCUGCCACGACUCGCCUCUAAAGCCAGUGAAGAGAGCUACACUGUGGAAGAAGAGCAGAUGACUUUGGGCUGGAUUUGACAUCAGAACGUCCUCAUGCUCAUUUUCGUAAGGAGGAAGUGACACGUCUGUGCUCGCUUUUGUGUUUCCUGGUCUCUUCUCCGGUGACGCUGAGAGUGCCGAAUCCGAGUUCACCUGCUUGGUCCUGACAGGUGGGUCUGGCACUCGGUGGAUGCGACGCCAGUGGAGGAGCGCGGACUUUUUCUGGAUCAACGGACAGUUGGAGGGGUUUGGAUCCGGACUUUCAAAUCCGUUUUUAGAGACAAUUCAGCACUUCCUUUAGCUGCCAUCGUGCCGCUCUGGUGCCAGAAGCAAUACUCGUGAAAGUCUUCAUGACCGUCAACACGGUGCCGACCCCCUCCAUGACCAGUAGCAACAGCAUGAGCAGCGGGUACUGCAGCCUGGAUGACGAGAGCGAGGAUUUUGGUUUCUUCACCGCCAAGACUUCGUUCUUCCACAGACCCAAGCAUGCAGUCAAGAGUGAGAAAAAAGAGGAAGAGGCAGGAGGGACUCCGGCGCUGUCGGAGGAGGAGGUGCACGCCAGGAUAGAGGAGUAUAAUGCUCAGGUCUCCAACCAUGGCAUGAACCUGGCUUCAGACGGCUCCUACACCGGUUUCGUUCAGGUCCAUCUGCGGCUCAGCCGACCCGUCACGGUCCAAGCUGUGGAGAAGGCGGGCUCAGAGGGGGGGUUCAGCCACAGCCUGGUUCCGUCAGAGGAGCAGGAAGAAACGGACUGUGGGCCCACGGAAAAGAGAACUUCUUUUUAUUUGCCUCAGAACUAUAUAACACAUCUCCACAUCAGCUCUCUGAACACGACCGAAGAGGUCAUCAAGGGCCUGCUGAAGAAGUUCGAGGUGAAGGACAACCCCCGCAAGUUUGCUUUGUACAAGCAGACGCACCGCAAUGGACAGGAUCUGUUCCAGAAGCUUCCGCUGACCGAGCGACCUCUUCCUCUGAGGCUGAUCGCAGGGCCAGACACGGAGCAGCUCAGCUUCGUCUUUAAGGAAAACGAGACUGAAGAAGUGGAGUGGCACGCCUUCUCCAUCCCCGAGCUUCAAAACUUCUUGAUCAUCCUUGGGAAAGAAGAGUCGGAGCGCAUAAGAGCCGUGGAGCAGAAAUACACUCUCUACCGAGAGAAAUUACAGCAGGCCCUACAACAACAUGACCCCUGACCCCACCUGCCACCUUUUCAACCCAGAGAGAGACUGGUUCCUCAGACCUUCAAACUUCUCCCUGUUGAGGCUCCACUCAGACAGACAGACCACACUGAUCCUUCUCCUUUCUCAGGAUUGACACGCGCUCCCUUAAACGUCCACAGGCCGGCUCCCUGAGGAGCGCCUGUGGGCGCGUAGUGUUUCUAUUGCCAAGGACACAAACCGGGAAGACCUGGACUGCAGUUUAGCUUCAUACUGAUGUGAAGCUGUGCUGUUGUUUUUGAAGCCCUCCUCUUCGCUACCGUUACCGCUGCUGCUGCUGCAAGUGUUACUUAUGCAUGAGUCUCCACUCAUCUACCCUGCACAUAGUUAAAUCUGAAGGCAUGCUUUCUUUUUCUUUUUUUCCUACGGUUUGCAGGAGUGGAGGGACUGCCACGCUUUUUUUUCCCUGCUUUUUAAGGAAAGAGGUUUAUUUUCAUUCUCUGAUUUUUCUCAGGGAGCAUGUCUUUAGCUGAGAGGAGGAAAGAUGGCCCUCACCUCCUCCUCGCACCACCUUCUUUUUAUUGCAUGCUCGUUUAUUCCUUUAUGCCCGCCUAAAUGUGAGAAGAUGCCAUUUACACCUGCUCUCACCUGCAGAUUCUAAAGCGAUGACAACUGUGACGUUAUUCCCCUAAAUUAGCCUUACAUGAACUCCACCUGCGCCGGACACGAGAGGCAGCCCAGGACCUUUACUCAGCAAACACUGUCACUGUGGGUCACGUGUGAAUGUGGAAGGACACCAAAGCUCAGAGGAAGGGGCUUCAAAGGGACAUGUAAGGUGGUGUACCAGCUUCAGUUUUGCACAGAUGGACGCAGGUCUCACCCCUGGGGGGGCUGCGCAUGCUUUGAUGCGUCAUUUUAUCCUCCUGCCUUCUUCCCCAUAGAAAGAACCAUAUAUAAAACGUGUGAUAUUGGCUAUCAUGUACCAAUGAUAUUUGUUAUGCAUAUGUAUACACUGGAAACAAGAGUGACGUGGUUUAGCUCUGCUUUUAUGAAUAAUAUUUUUGGUAUCAUUCCUGCUGGCUCUGGAGUGUGAGUGUGUGUGUGUGUGUGUGUGUGUGUGUGUGUGUGGGUGUGUGUCUGUGUGUGUGCACAUGCUCAUCCAUAGUAAUGAGGACGGUGAAAGGAUUUAGAAUGAAUGUGUGUAUUUAGCCCCAAAUUGUCUUUUAUCCUAUCAUUUCACAGGCAGGUGAAGGUUUGUUUGACGUGCUCAUCGUCAUGUUAAGGCGUCUCGUAUCUUCUAGAGUUGAGAUAAAAGAGGCCCGUCAUCCAUACGUACAUGUUUGACUCUUGCCUCCCCCCAAAGCCCCCCAGCUUUCUCCCACUGGCAGUGCCUUUUGUUUCCUUCGCCCCUGUGUGUGCGUAGAAGAGGUGUUUCUGCACACAGGUGUGCCUCCUGGGCUCAUGUAUGAGUGCUUUUUGCAUGUGUGCAAAUCUUUUUUUUUUUUUUUGGGUGGUGCUGUUUGCAUAUUUUGUUUUUCCUCCAGGCUCCUUCUCAUCUGUCCAAAGAGUCCUCUGUGGACGCGUGCGAGUGUGUGGAUGUGUUUAUUUAUUUCACGGUUCACAACCAUCCAAGGACAUUAUAUAAUGGAAAGACUUUUUGUUGCCUUUUUUAUGUUUCUUUUAAAAAAAUGUAUAUACAUAUAAGUAGAUAUGUACAAAAUAUUGAAAUGAAAUUAAAGAAUAAAUCUUUAUUGAAAAUAA